UACGCUAUCUCACACACGCCCCAUUCGUGCCAAGCCCUGAACUUCACACACAUACACGCUCUUCAACCCCGCACACGCGUGAAACCUUAUCCGUCACGCGCUCCCCUCUCUCUUACUCACGCGCCCCCGUACCCUACCCGGAAAUAGCCCUGUUCUCCACCCCUACUUCCUCUCUGCUACCAUUUAGCGUCUCCGGGGAACAGUCUUCUUAACCAAUCUGGAGAUGGCUCCGGCUGCCGGGAAUAUUGGUCUGUUCGCAUAAAUCAGUCCGUUGGGGAGGAGAACUUGGAAUUCGGAUAGACGAAGAAGGACUGGGGAUAUUCCGGAUCUUCAUUUCAGGAAAAUUGAAGAUUUGCGUGAGAGUUACUGGAGAAACUGAGGCACUGCUUUCAAGGAAAAUGGGACAGAAAUCAGCAGAUCUGGUUGUUCCAUUGUAAGAGAAAUCUAUGCAGAGAAGUUAUAUUCCUGAGGUAUUUUGGAGUUAAGGGCUCUGGAUUAGAGUGGAAAUUAUGGCCACUGAUAUGCAGAACCUGAUAGGAGCUAAUGAGGAAGAUGAUGAAGAGGAAAUUGACAUGGAUGUAAAAGAUGAGGAUAAUGAGGAUCAGGUGAAUGGAGAGAAGCAUAGUGCUGCACAGAUGAUGUUGGGAGCUGAUGGAAUGAUGACGAGUGCUAGUGGCCAGUUUCAAACCCAGCCGCAACUUCAAGAGCAAGUCGGCACCCCAGGUGGAGGAGCUCGGAGAUCAAGACCACUAGAAGAAAAGGAGCGAACAAAACUAAGAGAGCGGCAUCGAAGAGCUAUAACAGCAAAGAUCUUGGCAGGGUUGCGGAAGCAUGGGAACUAUAACCUGAGGGUUAGAGCUGAUAUAAAUGAUGUGAUUGCAGCUUUGGCCAGGGAAGCUGGCUGGGUUGUUCUCCCUGAUGGAACCACUUUUCCAUCCAAAUCUCAGGGUUCAAAGCCUGCUGGUGGCACUUCUGCAGGCAUGACUUCGUCCUCCUCUCAGAUGCUGUCACAACAGGCUCCACCUACCUCCUUGCACGGAGUCUCCUCUCGACAUUGCACCUCAGUAGAGUACAAUGCUUGUCAUAUGAAGGGUGUUUUCUUGCCUACUCCUUCACUUUAUGAUCUAUCCCCAAGUGCCCAUUCUCGAAGUUCAGACAUGGUUGGAGAUGGUGAAGAACAAACGGAAAGUCUUCCUCUUAUUGCUGGCUCCGUGGAAGCGAUUAAUGACAAACAGCUUAUUGGACUUCCUCCUAAGCUACCAGAACGUGAUUUUGCUGGCACUCCAUAUGUUCCAGUUUGUGUAAUGCUACCAUUGGGGGUCGUCAACAUGAAGUGUGAGCUAGUUGAUCCAGACAGACUACUAAAGCAGCUAAGAGUAUUGAAAUCAAUCAAUGUAGAUGGAGUCAUGACUGACUGCUGGUGGGGAAUAGUGGAAGCUCAUGCUCCUCAAGAAUAUAACUGGAAUGGUUACCGAAGGCUCUUUCAGAUGGUUCGUGAUCUUAAGCUUAAGUUGCAGGUUGUGAUGUCGUUUCAUGAAUGUGGUGGCAAUGUUGGUGAUGAUGUUUGCAUUCCACUGCCCCAUUGGGUUGCAGAAAUUGGUAGAAGCAAUCCUGACAUAUUUUUCACAGAUAGAGAAGGAAGAAGAAACAUGGAAUGCCUCUCAUGGGGAAUCGAUAAGGAGCGAGUUUUAAGGGGCCGAACUGCUAUUGAGGUAUACUUUGAUUUCAUGAGAAGUUUCCGAGUGGAAUUUGAUGAUUUUUUUGUGGACGGUAUCAUAUCCAUGGUUGAAGUUGGACUAGGUCCCUGUGGGGAGCUACGAUACCCAUCUUGUCCAGUAAAGCAUGGAUGGAGAUUUCCUGGGAUUGGGGAGUUUCAGUGUUAUGAUCAGUAUAUGUUAAAAAGCCUGAGGAAGGCAGCAGAAAUGAGGGGACAGAGCUUUUGGGCUAGAGGGCCAGAUAAUGCCGGAUCAUAUAAUUCACACCCACAUGAAACUGGUUUCUUUUGUGACGGAGGAGACUAUGAUGGUUACUACGGAAGGUUUUUCCUUAAUUGGUAUUCUCAGAUAUUAGUCAAUCAUGGAGACCUGGUACUCUCAUUGGCAAAAUCAGCUUUUGAAAGCACUUGCAUUGCAGUAAAGCUGCCAGGUAUUCACUGGUUGUACAAAACGUCGAGUCAUGCUGCCGAAUUAACGGCUGGAUUCUACAAUCCCUGUAAUCGGGAUGGUUAUGUUGCAAUUGCUGAAAUGCUACAUAAGCAUGGAGCUGCUUUAAACUUUGCAUGUGCUGAACUUCACACCUUAGAGCAGCGUGAAGACUUGCAGGAAGCACUGGCAGAUCCUCAAGGUUUAGCCUGGCAGGUGCUGAAUGCAGCAUGGGAUGCAUACACUGUGGUUGCAAGCGAGAAUGCUUUUCACUGCCAUGAUAGAGUAGGCUAUAGCAAAAUAUUGGACAUUGUGAAGCCAGUAAAUGAUCCAGAAGGGAGACAUUUCUCAUCCUUUACUUACCUUAGGCUCACCCCACUUCUCAUGGAGAGACACAAUUUCGCAGAAUUCGAUCGGUUCGUUAAGCGGAUGCACGGGGAAGCAGUACUAGAUCUCCAUGUUUAAUAGCAGCAACGAGUUGAAAAUCUCUGAAAGUAUUGUCAUGUAUCAUUUCAUUUUCCCCUCCCGCAACCAAUGCUGCCUGUAAUUGGGGAAAUGGUGUUCUUAUUUUUAGUUUAUUUAACAAACGCAUGUAAAUGAUACCAUGGAUUACAAUGGUGCAAAAAUUUUAUUUUUUUU